CAUUGGUAACGGUUGUGUCAACAAAACUUUUGUUUACAAAUGGCCACUGGCGAUAAAUUCAAAGUUUCUCUGCCAUAAAAUGUGAGAGUAUUAGUUUAGUUUAAUAUUAGUUUUCAGUGAUGGGUAAUUGUUGGGCGUGCGUUACCCGCCGCCGGAGCGUGCGUAGACGAAUAGUGUUAAUAUUAAUAGGUUUAGACAACGCGGGAAAGACUAAAACCGUGAACAAUUUGGCAGGAGAGAACGAUGAUAAAGUUCUGCCGACCGUAGGUUUUAAGGCUGUUAAUUUGAUUCAUAAGGAUACGCCUGUGACUAUUUAUGAUUUGGGAGGAGGGCCGCAUUUUAGGCAAAUAUGGUCGCAGUAUUAUAGCGAGGUACAUGGGGUUAUAUUUGUUAUCGACUCGAGUGAUUUUUCACGGCUGGAUGAAUGCCGUGCUGUGUUGGAAGAAGUGUUAUCGCAUGAUAAAAUAUCAGGCAAACCAAUACUGGUGCUGGCCAACAAGCAGGACAAGUCGGGCGCGCUGGACGACAUUGAUGUCGUCGAGAAACUCAACAUAGAGCCACUUGUUAACAAAUACCGUUGUCCAACCCUAGUGGAAUCCUAUACAGCCGAAACGGAAACUAAGAAGAAAAAACCCAAAAUCGACCCAGGGCUAAAGAAGGGCUACCACUGGCUCCUGAACUACAUCGUGCGCCGUUACGGAGACAUCAACCUUCGCGUGCAGACAGACAUACAUGCCGAGUUGGAGAGGAGGCGGCUGCAGAGCAAAGCGAGCCAGACUUUUACGGCUGACAGCGAAAACACGCAAACUGGCUUCGAAAAUCCAAACUUCAAUCUCGAGACCAAGGACUCCGAACCAGGGCUCAUAGUGGUCAAGCCGAUCUCCGUCAAAACAGAUAGUGUGGACACUACGGUUACCAUAGAGAGUGUCGACAAGCCAAAAUUAUCGCCGCUUUUUGGUCGCGCUAGUACAGAGGCGAUGCCUGUGGCAAGGGUGGAGUUGGAGCCUCGAGCUGAAUUCAGAAAGCUGUCGCCGAUCGCCCGAAACAGAAGCGGCGUGAAUCACAUCGACUUUAUGAAUAGACCACAUUCUAGCCCCACUAAGAAAAUGAAGGUUGAGCCAUUGAGUCCAAACUCAUCUCUAGAGUCGGAAGAGAAAACAUCUCGAGAGCCGGAGCGACCGCGCCGUGUUAUCAGAGACGGAGAAAUUAUGCGGAGAGAAAUAUUAUUCGCUGACCGAGAUUGCAACAAAACCGCAUCAUCCGAUGUAACCCCAGUUCGGGACGUGGCCACACUGCCGGCGGGCGCGCGGCCCGCGUCCGCCUCGCAGCUCGUGCGGCGCCAGCUGGAGGUGUCGGCGCACAGGCGUCGCCUUAGUUUGCGCUACAUGCGCAACAAGACGAGUCCCGAGCGCGUGUCCAUGUUGGUGUACGAGCCCAAGAAGAGACAUCUCGACAAAGGGGACUUCCAGCACGCCACCAACUGACGCAGGUAGUAAAAAGUUUCUGCUGUGGCGGGACCAGUGAUUGACAAUUAUAUUAAUGUUAAAAGGUUGUAUGUAUAUCUUUUUUCUUUAAGCAGACGUUCCUUGUUUUGUUAUAAUAAAUUUAAACAAAUAUUAUAAAGAAAAAAAAAAUAUUUUGAUUUAUUUCAUUCAGGUAAAUCAACUUUUAGAAAGAGUUAUUGAUUCUAAUGUAAACUAUACAGAAAUAGAUGGCGCUGUAAUACGCUAUGUUUAGCUGGAUUGUUAUAAUAAAUUUAAACAAAAAUUAUAACGAAAAAAAAAUAUUUUGAUUUAUUUCAUUCAGGUAAAUCAACUUUUAGAAAGAGUUAUUGAUUCUAAUGUAAACUAUACAGAAAUAGAUGGCGCUGUAAUACGCCAUGUUUCGCUGGAUCGUCAAAUGUCAACUUUUGACAACCAAGGAUACCGGGCAGUAUAGAAGGUGGAGGUAAGGAAUGGUAUAUCCAUAUACCAAAAAGUGUCAUCAAAAAACCUUAAAUAGGUGGCGCUACAGUACCUAGAAUACUUGAAAAAAAUCAAAUCAUAGACAGCGCACUUCACUCCGUCAAUAACGCCUAGGUUCUUAGCUACUCUAGCGCUACUC